AUGAGGGCGCUAUCACCGGAGGCUUUAAGAGCUCCUUCGUGCUUUCUAAUAAGGCAGUGCAACUCCAAAGCAUUCGAAUGGAAGAAAGUGACGUCCAUCUAUGCUUCCCAGCUUCUCCUUGCUAUAGAAGCAUCGAGGAAUCUGAAAUUUGUGGUGCAGAAAUGGAUUCGUACACGACAAGAUCAGUGCAAGGAUAUUGGAGUCAUUUUAGGUGGAGAAAAAUAUGCUACUGCUUCAUUCACCUUCCUACCUCUUUCCUCCUCCCUUCUUUACGCUGCAAUUAAACUUCCGACAUCCUUCUGCAUCUUACUGCGCCCAGCUGCCAUUAUAAGAGUGAUCAGAGGGACAGGGGAAGAGGAAACAGCAGCUCGGAAUGAGGUUGGUUGUGUGUGGGCAGCAGAAGGAGAAUUCCAAAGGGAUCGCAUUGAUCUCUGUCUGCUGAACAGUUUUGAGCGGUCAUGCGAUUCCUCUGGAAUUUCCCAUCUGUUGCUGAAUGUUCCUCCCUCUCUACUCGGCUUGGAAAGCUCAUCGUCCAGGCUCGAGUGGCGAUUCCUCGACAUGAUCUUUACUGAGUUCUUCCCGAAGCAAGAAAACGUCCAUGAUCCUAUUGAGAGACAGAUCGAUUUAAAUGACAUGUGAAAACGAAUCGUGUAACUCGAGGAAGAAAGAUCAGAGAAAACUAACCAACUUCUUCUUCUUCUUCUUCUUCUUCUUCUUCUUCUUCUUCUUCUUCUUCUUCUUCUUCUUCUUCUUCUUCUUCUUCUUCUUCUUAUCUGGUAUCCAUCAGCUUCUGCUGUAGAGAAUUUAAUGAUGAACAAAAGUGGACUCAAGAUCGUUUUAGGCAAUUUCUAUACGAGCAGCCAAAAAUGGCACUGAAGAAGCAAAGCUGAAGCGAUCUGUAGAAUGAAGCAGAAGCUUCGUCGAACCAGUCUGCAUGCAGGUGUUGUUCUAUUAAGAGCUCCACUUCUUUAAUGACCUUAACUGGCAUCAAACUAUCAUUGAACAUAUGGUGUGGUAGCAUUGAGACUCCGGUUCAAGAUACAAAGAAGAUUCAGAAGAGGAGCUACGUUCCGCUGCGUCUUAAUUUGCCGAAACCCUUUUCCCUAUCCUUCACACGGCCAUGGAUGGCCGUGAAGGUAUGAUGAGUACGUUGAGGGGUUUGUCUUUGAGUGUAGGACAAGUAGGGGAGGGUGUCAUAUAUCCAUAGGCUGGGCCGAACCCUACUGCGGUGGUCCUUUGUCUCCCACAGCUGAAUUGAGUGUGGCCGGUCUCAUCGAUGGGAAGCCUUUUGGGACCACCAUGAUUGAUGCAGGAUGAUCCUCCAAGUCAUUCCAUGGCUUGCUGCUGGUGGAAGCACGGUCGCUGCACAACAAGUCAGACACGAGAGAAUCUAGUCAUGAUUGGAGUCAUAGAAAUACUCUCUUCUUUAAUUAGUUUAUAUCAGUUUA